GGCCCUUGCGAAUCUUUGCGCAUGCGCAAUAAAAUUCUGCCAGGGAGCAGUGGAUUGUAAAUAUGGCUGGUGUCGGUUUCCGACGUUUGGCCCAGGCUCUCCGUUCUCGGCGCAGCUGUGGAGUUUCGUUGUCUCUGUCGGGAUGUAGAGCUGGCUCAAGUAUGGGUAAGGACACUCUUCCCGGUCCUUAUGUCAAAACUCCCGAGGAGAGAGCUGCUGCUGCAGCGAAAUAUAACAUGACGAUUCACGACUAUAAACCCUAUGAUGACAACGGCGACGGCACGGGUGACUACCCUCAUCUUCCAGAUAGAUCUCAGCACGAACGAGACCCUUGGUACACAUGGGACCAUCCUGAUCUGCGGAGGAACUGGGGAGAACCAAUGCACUGGAAUUUUGACAUGUACAUCAGGACCCGUGUGGAUACUUCUCCCACUGUUUUGCCCUGGCGUAAAAUGAACAAACAGCUGUGGGGUUUUCUUGGGUUCAUGUUGGUAUUGUUCAUUCUCGGAGAGAAUUUCAAGUCCUACACACCUGUUCUCCCGAAACAGUAUCCCUACAAUGGCCUGUAUAUAGAGAAAGGAGGAGAUCCAGAAAAACAACCAGAGGAAGAAAAACAUUACGAAAUCUGAAGACAAUAAUCUUAUACAAACUGUUUAUAUUUCUGCCCUAAUUAAAAGUUUAUUCCGACGUU